CAGAAGGUACAUUGACGCAUUUUGUCCUUUGGUAGCGUUAUAUUUCCUCUCGCUGGUAUAGAAGAUGUAUUUCACGACCGAGCUUCGUCAAAUGUCCAUAAUUUUUGAACAAUGGAGAGUUACGACGAUAUCAGGUGUUAGUGGAUCUAUAGUAGCAGUUCUGGCGCUGGCUGUGCUCUACGAAUGUACAAUAGGAUUACACGUGUAUCUACGAUCACGCCUUAAAAACCAGAAAGAAAGACGACGAGAUGAUGUUAAGAUGAAAAAUAGGAUUCAUUCUGAAUAUACUAGGUCAGAAACAUUCACUCAGUUUUUAAAGACGUGUCUUUUUUCGGCCGAGCUUUUCUUCGCAUAUUUCCUGAUGUUGAUCACUAUGACAUACAACACGUGGCUGUUCAGCGCUGUUGUGAUUGGUCGAGGGUUGGGCUUUUAUCUGGUGACACCGCUGAUCACCUCAUACGUUGACAGAGAGGAGACUGAUGACUUCAUCGACAUCUCGAUGGAUUCGCUGUCCACAAGACAUCAGCAAUUGUAAAACCAGCUCAAACAUCAUGAACUGCAAAGCUAUCUAUUUAGCUAUCUUGUCCAUUAUGCCUCCUGGCAUAUAGAGCAGCAGCAAAAGCUCUCCACUCCCGUCUGUCUUGUCUUUCUUGAACUGCAAAGCAGAAUACAAAUAUUCUAUUCGUGCAAUUUAACGAAGGUGGAUAGAUAGAUAGAUAGAUAGAUAGA